AUGUCAAGCUUACCACGUAACCAAGCUCACGGAAUUGAGGUACGAAAUGUUUCAGAGACAACGCAUACUCGUAUUGCCAUUAUAGGACUUGGUGCCCGAGGAAGACUAACUCUUUGCUCAACUAUUGCUACUGAGCUUAUGGAGCUCUGGCAACGAAAAAGACUUAGCCGAAAACCUCGCAUUCAUGAGUAUUUUGAAGCACAGGCUGAGAAUGAAGGACCGGGUGUAGCAUUCCAGCAUGAUAGCAAAGCAUCUCUCAACACUGGUAUGCUUGGUCCCAUGUCGCUGGAUACGACGGGACUUACGCCCAGGCAGCGCAAAAAAGUGGAACAUCUUACCGACGUUGCAGGUAACUAUAGCAGGAUCUUGAUGGCUGAUAGGGAGAAGACUUUGGCAAGAAUGCAAAGUGAAAAUGUAGCUUCUAGCAUAGUCUUUGCACAAGCCUCCAGAGAUGGUACCCUUGAUACUGAGAUUUCUUGCGGUCCCCGCGAUAUUGUCGGUAAGGUUCUCAACGAUAUGACUCGAGAAGCGUUGCAUCUAGCUAACGAAUACUUGCCUUGGUUGGAUAUUCGAGUUCACUUCGACACAAGGAGUACUGAUAUUGACCUCUCUAACCCCCAGAAGCCGGUAUUGACCAUCAAAGGUAGUACUGGCCUGGUUGAGGAUUUACAGUACGACAUGAUAUUCAAAACUACUGGGACUACCUCGCUAAGUCCAGUCACAGGAACCGUGGCAGAGCAUGCUUUCACGGGAAUUCCAGGCCCCAAGGCAAUCUUUGAGUACUUGGAGAAGCGCAACCUAGUGGAUUCAGGGCUAAUCAAACCAGGAACAAAGAUCCUUAUUGGUGGAUCCAGUCUUUCAGCCUUUGAUCCAGUGGGUAUUCUUCUUACACGUACUGGAAUUGUCAAUUUGGACAGCAAAGGUGGCUGGACCAUCAAUAAGGAAAGAUCAAGCCAAUACCAAGGGCUCAUCACCUUUUUUUCCCGCACUGAAGGAGACGCCAUUCGCCCUCGUCAUCUUAUCGAUUUCGAGAGAGCUAGUGACCGCCUUGAGCAAGCAGCUCUGUUUACGCCGGAAAUGCUGCUUUCAUUACAGGUGCAAGAGGGUCUGGAUCAAUUUCAAACUUCGUUACUCAUAGGACGUUUGAUUACGGCAGUCUAUUUCGAAAAGCUCCCCCAAGAUAUUGAGUCAGGAAGAACAACUGCCGAUCUCAUCACCUAUAUGUCGAAUGAGACCAACAGAUGGGCAGCUGAGGUGGAUAAGGAAGCCCCACAACUUUCGGAGUUAGGUGUCUUCCGAGAAAGCUUCUUAGGUGUUGUAGACCUCGCACUAGGUCUUAAGCCAGCAGAGAAGCGUGAUGACCUGGAGAGCAGUUUUCCUCUGGUCUUUCGCGAAAUAGGUGCUAGAUACAGCGCUAUGUCAUUCAACCAAACGCAUGACUCUAGCACACGAAAAAUAAGUCUCGAAGACAGUCAAAGUUGGAGGUCAGAGGUGCGUUUGUUUUCCUCCUUCAUCACUGCCUCGCCUUUUCCUGUAUACCAUUUGUUUACGCACCUCACGGAAAUAGGCGUGAUCAAAUGGGAGUAGGGAGAUUACAAUAACAUAUCUUGGUCAGACAAAACUCAACUGUUUGAAGUAGAUGGCAACGCCGGGGACGCACUUUUCGCUGCAUGGAUGUUAACAGGCCAGGCGUAUUUACUCUCUCAGAAAAUCUUUGCUAAAUUAAAACAUCUCCCUGGAGACAGAAUCUACGACAAGGGUCGUUUCCUUCGAGCAUCACAUGGACUUUGCCAUCUGAUGGAGCACGGAAUUACUGGUCAUGGGAUGUUUGACGAGGGUCGUUUUCUCAACACUCAAUGGAAUGAUACCAACGAGUUGGAAGCAGCUCAAGAAACAAUUCCAAGGUUCGUAGCGGUUAUCCGCGUGUUUGAGGACAUGCUGGCUAACAAAAUUCCAAAUCCCGUACUUCAUCUAAUGGAACUGUACGAGAAAACACUCCCUUCAGAAAGGCAAUUCUCCGAACAGACAGCUUUGCUCCAAGAACCUUUCAUAAACUUGGGAGAAUCCAGGCAUUUGCAGAUCUCGCAGCGGUAGCAUGGCCCAAUGGGAAAGAGUUUUCUGAAAAGACGCAAAAGGCGAAAGAUCGAGAAGUUCGCCGAGCAUUGUUCCAGGAGAUCCGGAAAAUGGAGGGAAGUUACCUUGAAAAGGCUUGCAAGAGAUACGAGGACCAAGUAGGAAGCAUCAAGUUUCAGCCUCUAGAUCUUAAGAGCUUUGAAGAGAUGGCACCCGACUCUUCCCAACAGCAGCUCGGAGAGAUGAGACGUCUCCUGAAUCGCGAGUUGGACUUGCUUUUUGAAGACGUCAAGCUAAUUGAUUCAGCAGAAAGUGCCGACAUUACACAGGGCACAACGACUACCCAGCGUAGAGGACCAAUGGCCGUAAUGAAUCUCUAUAGACUCAAGAUUUAUAUCUUUAUUCUUGGCCUUUUUGCGAGAUUAUCCCACCGAGAAAAUACAGAUACACUUCCAAGGUAAGCCAGGGUGAUUGAUGACGUAGAAAGCAUAUCUGGGACUAGUCUAUUAUAGGAAGUUGAAUAUUAGGGUGUUUUCAAAAUUCUUUAGAGAACUGACUUUACAAACCUUCUAACAAUAGAAUAGAUUAUCUGACACAAAAUUGAAACCAAACAAUGAAAAAUAA